CUUAGUUUAACUUCGCUUUAAUCCACACGUUUCACCCGCGAAAUCACCGCACGCACGUUUGUUUUAAAGCCAUCGACAGUUUAAGCUAACUUAGCGUGUAGCAGCUAGCACACUUAGCCUGUGUCGACACGUUUGUGUUGAUGUUUGUGUUGACGUAGCAGCGAAUGUAACGUUUCAUGUAGGUUGUGUUAAGCGGAUAAAACACUUCUUUAACUUGACCAACUAUGGAGCGACCAUCGAGGAAGACGAAGAGUGUGAACUACCGUGAACCCAAUGACUGUGACGAUGAUGACGAUUUUGCCUGUGCGAAGGCUCCGCCCAGCAAAAAGGCCAGAGACGAUGUGAAACAACAGGAGCACAAGAAAGCGUCGAGGGAGUCGUCCAGUCAAGAGACCGACUCUCAGUCCAGCCAGAAGAGCAGAAGACCAUUAGAUGAGAGGUUGUGUGAACGAGCUCUAGAGGCAGCCAUCACGCUUUCUCUGCUCAAUAAUGCAGAGGAGGUAGAGGGCCAAUCACCAACCAGUAAAGGAGAUGUCAAGGUUCCUAUUCUACUGGAUGAAAACACAGAUCCCUCGUCCCUGCACACGUCAAACUGCAGCGUGAAUGCUGCAAUUCUGGGCUUGGAUCAAAUCACAUCAGAAAAGGUGUUACCUGUCUCAUCCAGACAAAGAAAAGCCGCCAUUGAGGAGCAGAGGAAAAACUUGAAGGAAGAAGAUGACGACUAUCGACCCAAACCGACGCCAGAUUCAGAAAGUGAUGAAGAUUUUAGCGAAGUGGAUGAGAGUGAAGAGGAGGAAUUCACUGUGAAGAAAGUCAACAAGACUAAAAAGAAGGAGCACGUCGCCAAGAAAGAGAAGAUUAAAUCACCACCAGCCUCUAAGAAAGAGAAGCAGCCAUCAAAGACAUCAAAGCCUAAAUCUGUGGCAGCUGCUUCCACACCAGUGAGAAAUCCUCCAACUUCCAAACUGGCAUCCGAACGACGCGCUUCAUCCCCCUCACAUCCUACAUUUAAACCUUUGGAUUCUCCGAGUCCAGCAGGGGGCAGGACACCCAAGUGGAACCCACCAGGUCUGAUGGGUAAAAGUCCCACGUCAUCCCACAAUCCCUCAGGGAAGUCUCCGGGUCAGGGUCAGGGUCUGCGACUCGGACUGUCUCGUCGUGUCAGAGUUAAACCGCUUCAUCCCAGCGUUGCAAGUCACUGACUGAACUCUUCCACUGUCCAUGUUUGU